CACGACCCGGACGAUUCCUCCAAUGAGAGAAACGCUUUCCGCUUUUCUUUCCUUGUAUCUUCCCAGAACGCUCCGCCACCCCUCCUCCCACGCUUCUUAUGGCGGUGCCGCGGGUCGCCAUGAAGUGUUGGCCGUGAAGCACUUGUUUAGGUUCUUUACACUUUCCUCGGCAUCUCGAUUGUAGAGGAAUCGCGGAAGAAGCACAAGGAUGACGCUUUUAUCAGCUACAGAGCUGGAAAGAGGCGAAUUUUGAUCCUCGUUCGUGUAUUCUUUAACUUGGUUUUUUGAGCCGGGAAAAGAUGGCAACUUUGCCUGCUUUCAACCUAUCCCAUGUUAAAAUUUCUUGAAUUUUAACAGUUGGAGGAGAAAAGAAACUUUGUUCCAACAAUUUACAUAUGUCGUUCUCUGACGUAGAGAUUCACUUUGGUUUUGACUCACGGGUCCUUUCCAGAAUAAAAGGAAUUUGGCUUACAGGGCUGACAUGUGGAGCUUGGCACGUCGGUAGGGCAAGAUCUUAUUCCUUUCUUCAGCAGGAGAACUAAAACAGAUCAUAUUCGACAACUCUGGAAGUUCUGAAGGGGUGAAAUUUAGAAACUGGAAAUUGUGAGCUUUCAUCUCCUUUCAGACUUGCCAUCCUGACAGUUCUGCCCAAUUUGGAGUUGGUGCUUAAUUUGAGACUCAUUCAUUUAGUUCCUCAAUGUUAGAGGGCCAUCUUCUUUGAGCAAAAUCAGGACUUCAAUUAUGACAAAAACAUCCUAUAGAAGACAAUCACAAUCUCGAAGGGACAAUGUUGGAUGUAUGUGGGGUUUGAUAGCUCAAAAGUUCCUUUCAGAUAAGAAACAUGGGAACAUCAGAAAUGCUGGCAGUGGAUAUUCGAAAAUCAAACUUGAUUCACUUAGAAAUUUCCAGAAUAGACACAAAGGCAGUCUUGUUGAUGAAAUCAGAGAAGAUCAGGUUGAUUUGGGUAAAAUGAGUGUGAAAGUACAUAUGGAGGAAGAGAUGUUUCAACGUCCCCAAAAGAAGAUUACAAAUGAAGAAGCACAAAGAGUAACAUCUAAAUUGCAAAAUGAGUUCCAUCCUGAGAAAAAUUCUAAGAGAAGCGAGAAAUUGAAGGUAAUUUCAGAUGCUCAGAUGAACAAUCUGGCUGAUUCUCCUGGCUUUGUUGGUCAUCAGUCUGAUAGUAUGGAUCUAACUGAAAAAUCUUUGCUCAACUUUGACCUUGCUUCAUUUUUGAUAGAGUUAUACAGUUAUACAUGUCAAGAAAUUCAUGCAGAAUCGAAAAAAAAGUUUUACUUUCUUCCUGCCUCAGGAAGUAUUGGUCAAAAGAUUGAUAGCCAUCUUGAUGAACUUGAUGAUCAUCUUGAUCAAAAGAUCUCUUUCUUUCAAAAGACACUAGCAGAUGUUGCGCAGGCCAUUAUAAGUCAGAAGUCAAUGGUUGAAAACCAACUUGAUGGACGAUGCAUUAUCCAUUCCAAAGAAUUCAUCAAUGCAUUAUACACCUUGAAUUCAGAUAAGGAGUUGUUUCUGAAGCUUCUUGAAGAUCCAGAAUCACUUUUGCUUAAACAUAUACAAUGUCUUCACAUUACUCAGGUAGGGAAAGUAUCCAAACUGGAAUCAGAUAAAUGUUUAGAGAAUGUUCAGUCAUCAGGGGAACAGGAUCAUAGUAAAGGGAAAUGCAAAGAAUCAAACAGAAAUCAAUUGUUCCACAAACAGAAAAAAUACAGUUUUUCCUGGAAGAAAGUCAAGUCAAUGGGAACAUCCAACGAAAGUCCAAGUUCCAAUGGUUUAAACAGAAUUGUUGAUCUGAAGCCAUAUGCAGUACGAAAUCAAAAUUGUUCUGUUAUAAGUACAAGCACUUCAACUCAAUCUCAUGAUGUUCCAAUGCAUGAUAAAGACAGAUUUCAUUUUUCCCUUCAAGAAAUCAAAAGAAGACUCCGGCGUAUAAUUGGUGAGAGCAAAAAAUCACGACACAUAAUAUCUAUGGAUGGUAUUCUUCACAAAAUUCCUGUUGCUACAUGUAAAAUGAUGAAUAGUGAAACAACGAUAUCGGGCUCAGCAAGCAGUUCUUCUUUUGAUAUUACAAAGCUAUCUGGAUGUUAUUCCAUUGACAAGAGAAAAGAUGAGAAAAACAAUUCAGAACAAUGUAAAGUUAAAAUCAACAGUUGUGUUUCUUCCUCGAGAUCACAGUCUUUGAUAUAUGAAGAAGCCAAGAAGCAUCUUGCUGAGAUGCUAGACACCAAAGUAGACAGUUUGCCUAAGGUCCAAGUUUUAGAAUCUUUGGAGAGAGUACUUUCUCUCUCAAGAUUCAAUGAAUUAUGUCCUAUAUCCAAUCCUCAAAGAGACAAUGAGCUCGCUAUGCCACCUGAGGAGACAGGAGAUUCCUCCUUACAACACUUGAAGCAAGAAAAUCUCAUUGAUACCAAUAUGCAGGACGUAUCAUACAUUGGAGAAGACUUGAACAACAAAGGAAGCAGAGAGAUCCUGGGAGCAGCUGCUACCAAGAGCAUUGCGAACAUUAAGCAGUUGGAUGUACCAUUGGAGACAAAUGAGCCAAUUGUUGUAAGUAAAAUAUGUGAAGAAGAAGAAGAGUCUUAUACAUUACAAGAAAUGGGUUCAUCUGAAGAGAGGUCACUAACCCUGCCAAGUUCCUUUGUUGGAGAAAAUUCAUCAGAUUCUGAAAGCACCACUGAAAAACCAGAUCAACCAAAUUCAGUAUCCAUUCUUGACACAUUCUUGUCGGAAGAUAUUACCAGCCCCGAGUCCUCUAAACUAGAACACUAUGUCAUGCAAAAACAAAAUCGACGAGUUAGUUAUGAAGACAGUGACAAUUAUUUGAGAAUUAUAACCUUGCCAGAUGUGAAGGACAGAGAUCGUCUUCAUGUCAAUCAAGCUAUGUAUGAUUAUAUAAGAGUUGUCUUGGGAGCCUCAGGCCUGAUGAACGAACUCUUAGAGAGAUGGGAUGUAACAGACCAUUUACUCGAACCAUCUUUGUUUGAUGGAGUGGAGAUCUUUUCUUUCUUCCCGCAAGACAAUUCUAAGCUUCUCUUUGAUUGCAUCAAUGAAGUCCUUGUCGAGAUACAAGAGAAGUUUUCAAGUUAUACCCCAAGGCUAUCUUUUAUCAAGCGAAAUUUUCUGCCUGCUCCUCUGGGGGAAAGCUUAAUUCAAGAAGUUUAUAAGGGUGUUGAUCGGCAUCUUCAUUUGCAGUUCCAGAACACAUUAGAUCAAAUAAUAAAUAAAGAUUUGGAGCAUAGAAGUUGGAUGAACCUCCAAUCUGAAACCAAGAACAUGACGUGUGAGAUAUGCGAUUCCAUCUUAGAUGAUCUAAUCGAAGAAACUGUUUACGACAUGUGGUUUUGAACUCCAGGUUCUUUGGGCAUUUCAUCUUUUUAUAGUACACACAAAUGUAUGCAGUUAAAGUUGUUACUGGAAUCUGAUUGGAAGACCUCUAGGAUCUCUAGCAAAGACUCGGGUGUUUUUCACCCAUGUCAGUUAGAGGUUCACACAUAGCCACCUCAUAGUUAUUUGUACUUCUAGGUUCUUCUUUUAAUGCAGAUUGUUGUGAAGAUUGAAAGGAGUUGAAGUGUCUGUAAUUACUUUUGUAAGUAAUACCAUUGGCAAUAAU